AGUCGUGAGAAGGAGCCGUCCCCCUUUUUUUGUUGUUGGAUGAACUACUUUUAAUUAAUUUACUCCUUAUAUAUAUUGCAUCUAACGGUGUCGGUUUCUCACUCUUUAUAACCCGUAUUGUCAACUAAGAAGUGAUCCACUUUUCAAGCAAAGGUUGUUUGGAGACAUGAAUCCAGAAGACGUGGUUAUCAUUCUCAGUGAUGAUGAUGAUGAUGUGUCCAUCAACGACUCGGUCUACAUCGUCGAAGACAUCCAGAACAACGUAUACCCAGUAGAUCAGUCUAACUGCAGCAGGUCACAUGAUCCUGAAGGAGAAGAGGACCUGGUCGUGACCUUCUGUCAGAGAGGAGAGGUGCUGCCUCACGCACGCUAUGACUGUACCGCACACACCUUCACACCAACAGACAGUGAUGUAGGAGGACCAAUAGAAUCCAACCAGCUCUUCUGUCACCAGUGCUUCUGUUACGUCUGUGACAAGGUCGCCUCGGAGUGUUCUGUGUGGACUGUGUCAGGAGUGUGCCACUGCAACGCCCAUAAGAGGAGUGUGUUCUGGAGCAACAAGAGAGACAAGGUGGUUCUGGGAUACCUUCAGAUGUUUAACUUCAACCUGCUGGAGAUCGACAGCGACCUCCGACUGGCAGAGUCCUUACUGCUGCAGUUGGAGGAGGAGUUGUCCAAAGAGUACGCCUCCUUCCAGAGGGGCAUGGCUGUGAGGGGAUUGGCUGUCCAAUGUGCCUGUCACUGCCACACAGCCAAUCGUUUGGAAUGCGGGAACUGCCAUUCAAAUCACCUGCUGCUACUGGUCUACGAUUAUUCGCAGGUGUUUGAGUGUGUGUGCCGCUUCCUUGGACGUGCGGAGAGAGAGAGACCGAGAGCAGCAGCUGUUAUGAGACUUGGAGCAGCUCAACUCUUCAUUACACACUGUCAACCUCCUGGACCAGUGAUUUCCCAUCAUCUUGAGGCCAGGACAGCGGAGGCCCUGCCCUUGCUGCUAACCAGGGUAAUGGAGGCGGUGCGGAGACAGAUGGUGGAGUGUGACUUCAGUCCAGAGUUUCUCCAGAAACUUCAAGGUUUCUACCAGACCCUCCCCCUACCUCCCAGCUGCAUCGCUCUGAGAAACAGGCUGUGUGUUCUCCCCCUGGCUGUGUGUUCUCCCUGGUCAGAUGUCCUGCUGGUCUCAGUGUUCAAGGGACAGACCGUUAAUGUGUUUGUUCCAGGCUGUGUGUUCUCCCCUGAUGUCCUGCUGGUCUCAGUGUUAAAGGGACAGAACGUGGCGGGGAUCCGACCAGGAAAAGGGAAGAAGGAGCCGCUGACUGAAUCUGCCGCUGUUGUCCUGCUGAGAGCUGAAACAUUACAGAGACUCAACAGGUACAGGGAGUUGACCUGUUACCUGAAGGUGGUUCAUAGUGGGAACACAGAACUGUAG